AUGGGAAGCAGUCAACAUGGUGUCCAGAGUGCUGAUGAUCACUUAAGUUUCUGCUGGCAGGGAAGAUUUCAGAGGCCUAGUCUCCUCGAUCCCCAGAAUCUUGGUUGUAAACUGGCUGCUAUCAGGUCAUGGGUCAUAGGGGCCCUUGAUGAAUACUAUGCCAAUUGCACGAAGACAGCUAUGGGGCAUAGACACGUACUCAAGACACCUCAGAUUUUCGAGAGCGAUAAUAAUCAGGACUGGAAUCAUGCAGAGCAAUCGUACAUGCAUAUGGCAAUGGCCAGUGUUUCUGAUGGCAGUGCGCAUAUUCAUCCUGUUGAUAAUAUGACAACCCAAGGUGGACAUUCCACUUCUCUGUGGACUGCUGCUCCUAUGCAGAGUGAAUACACUUCCUCAAAUCUUAAUGUCGAAAUGCCGCAUUAUCAACCACAGGCUUCUGGUCCAUCGCACAAUCCUUUUCUUCAUCAACCUCCUGCUGAGAACUUCCUUAUGCUUCAAGAAAAUUAUCCACAUCAUGCAUCCUCUUCCAAUCUUGCUCGGCAAACAGUCCCUUGGGUAGAUGGUGGUUCUUCUGAUCCGACAGUGGGCAAUAGCAGGGGCCCAUAUAAGCGAAAGAGCUCUGGAGCCCUUCCAAUGCAUGAGAGUGGCAGUGCAAGCAGAUAUCACAAUGAUGGAAGUUCGUCAGAUCUCUCCUUUCCCUCUGACCCGUGGCAGGAUAUGCAGACUACUGACUCUUAUCGUACACCUUGGGAAAAUCCUCCCAGUUACAGGGUUAAUAGUGUUUGUGUUGGUGGUGAAGGUGAAGGUGAAGGUGCUCUGAGGAAUGUCAGGAGUAGAGGUGAAGUUGACUUGGAAAAUAAUCUGGUCAGGACCCAUUUGUCCAGCAAUUCUCUGCGCCAUUCGUUUUCUAGACUAUCCUCUGAUCAAUCUAGUUUAGUGGAUUUCGGGGGGCAGAGUUCAAAUGCUCCAACAAGUGAGUGGAAUCAUAGGGUCAUGUCAACUGCUGGUCAUGAUACCAGUUUAUACUGUCAUGAGCCUAACUCCCUGAAUACAGUGAACAAUCAUCCUAGUGUUUCUCUAGAGAUUGAGGGGUGCCACAGUGGUGUUACCUCAAGCAGAAACUCUGUUUUUCCAAAUGUACAGCGCAACUUGAGCCCGCCUGUUAGAGGAUUUAGGAGUGUUGGUCCAAGAUACGCUCCAACUUCCAGACCUUCAAACAACUUGUGCCCUGGCCAAGUGACUGCCUCAGAUGAAGGGCAGCAUAUGGUUGCAGAAAGUUAUCCCUCCAGACAUCAACGAGUGUUUCCAACCGUAAGAUUCCGCAACAUUGACAGAAAUGGGAGAAAUAGUGAUAGAUAUAGCUCCUUUGCUGAGGAUUCAAGUCUUCAAGAUCAUAUGCCCGCACAGGGUCUUGUGGGUCAUUCAGCAUUUUAUGGAUCCAGAUAUCCCUUUGAUCAGCAUACGGGCAUGAGGCUUGACAUAGACAAUAUGAGCUAUGAGGAACUCCUCGCACUAGGGGAGAGGAUUGGAAAUGUCAGCACUGGUUUGUCUGUGGCUUUAAUCUCGAAGUGUUUGACUGAGUCGAUAUAUUGUUCGUCAGACCAAUUCCAAGAAGAAGAAACGUGUGUUAUAUGUCUGGAGGAAUACAAAAACUUGGAUGAUGUCGCGACUCUGAAAAUCUGUCACCAUGAUUUUCAUGUGAGCUGUAUACGGAAAUGGUUAUCGAUCAAGAAUUCAUGUCCAAUAUGCAAGGCUUCCGCUUUGGAUGAGAGCGCGAAGGAGAAAUGA